AUGGCUAAGCUCCGAAAGAUGGUACGCGGGCCUACACCCGCCGCCCUGCGAUACUCGAUGCUGCCGCCUCCACCGAUGACGGAUCUCGAAUUCUACGCAGCCCUCGUCAAGGACUACCAGCAGACCGCGGCAAGGCUCCCCACCCUGCUGUCUAACAAGAUCCGCAAGGGCAUCCCACCGCCGCUGCGAGGCGUCGUCUGGCAGAGCAUGUCUGGUGCUCGUGACGCCAGCCUGGAGGAGCAAUACGAACGACUCAAUGGCGAAUCUAGCCCUUAUGAGGGUCUCAUAGGCAAGGAUCUAGGCCGGAGUUUCCCGGGUGUUGAAAUGUUUCGCGACCCGGACGGCGACGGGCAGCGGAUGCUGGGUCGGGUGCUGAAGACGUUUAGUUUGUAUGACACCAAGAUCGGCUACUGCCAGGGCCUCGCCUUUCUCGUCGGACCUCUGUUGAUGCACAUGCCCGACAAGCAGGCAUUUUGCGUUCUUGUCCGACUCAUGGACCGUUACGAUUUGAGAAGUUGCUUUCUGCCAGAUCUUUCCGGGCUUCACGUGCGAAUAUACCAGUUCCGAGAGCUGCUGCGGGCCAAUCUCCCCUUGCUGUCCAGCCACCUGGAGGAUCUGCAAGUGGAGACGGCCUAUGUCUCGCAGUGGUUCUUGAGUUUCUUCGCGACCACAUGUCCCUUGCCGAUGCUGUUUCGCAUUUACGACGUUGUUUUCGCCGAGGGCGCUUCUGAGACACUGAUGCGCGUCGCACUAUCACUAAUGCGCAGGAAUGAGGCUAGAUUGCUUGCCUGCACCGAGCUAGAAGACGUGAUGCAGCUCCUUCUAUCCAGGGGCCUGUGGGAUUGUUACCAUUACAACGCAGACGAGUUUGUGCAGGACUUUGGAAGCCUCACAGGCACGGUUACCCGAGAGAGGCUCGCCCAGCUCGAGCAAGGAUACCGCGAAUCUCUAGUUGCGACCGCCAAUACCGCUCGUACAUCUGACAUCGCGACCGCCGCCGCCCGAUUCCUAGGUCGCAUCUGGGCGUCGUCCGGUGCGUUCCCGAGAAGCUCAGGCUUAGUCCCAGGUCUGAGUGCGCCGUCGAGGCCACUGAGCAUGCUGCGUCGGAGCACCUCUAAACAAAGCCUUGCUUCGACUCUCAACUCGGUCGAGGCAAGCUCCAUGAGCGUGAUGAACGACUCCGGAAGCCGUGAAUCGACACCGGUUGGCCCCAAGGCCACCGCCGCUGCCAGCAGCAGCAAGAACACCGAGGACAAAUAUCUGCAUAGCCAGAUUGAGGAUCUCCUUACGGCGCUAAGCGAGCUGCAGCGUAACCAUGCGCUCUUGUCCAACGAGCUAAAGCGUGAACGGGAGGAGAGGGAGGAAGAUCGCAAGGCCGUUCGAUCGCUUCUGGAUGGCCUCAGAAAAAGAGCGAGCCGCGGGGAAGAAGAAGAAGCAGCAGCAGCAGACGCAAGCGGAGAUGACGCCGAAGACGCGACUGAAAAAGCUGAUGAAGGGGAGGAAGCGGAAAAAGACGGGGAAGACGGAGCAGACAAACUGUCUGACAGCGAUCCGACUGACGCAGCGGAGGCACCAUCCACCGAGGCCUUGUCAGAGUUGCUAGAUCGUGUCGAGAGCCGAUUUAGAAUCGACGAGGAAAACGACGAGAGCAAAAAGAAGGACAAGCCUUCAUCCUCAUCAUCCGCCGAAAAGUCGGAGUUGCAACGCGAAUUGGAUCAAACCAAGGACCAGCUGGCCAGCGCCAUGUCGCAGAACCAGGACUUUAAUCGACGAAUUCACGACUUGGACCAGGAGAUGUCAUCUCUCAAGGAACAGCUCCGGGAGAGCCAUAGCCACGUCAGAGCUCUCCACCAGGACAAGCAGCGGCUGGAGAAGCAGAUUCAAGUCUUGCGGGCGAGGCCAGUAUCUGGCGAGCCCUUUGGUGGCCGUGAAUCAGGGACAGAUUGGUCCGGCAAGGCGAACGGCGGUGGCUUGAGAGAGUUUAAGCUUGGGCGUAGCAAGUCGAUGGCUACUCAGGGCGGUACGUAUAACAGACGGAAGUCGUCGCUGCUGCAUGGCAACGACCUUUCGUCAACAAACGACCUCGACACUCUGCUGUUGGAUCUCGUGCAAGCCAAGACGGCUCAGGCCAUCGCGAAGCAAGAGGCAGAGGAGGCAAAGCAGCAGCUGGAGGCGCUGAAAAAGGCCUAUGGCGUAGUGAUGGGCGACGCUGCCAAUGCAGCUCUACCCCCUGGAACGGUCAAUGUCAAGGUCGUCCAGGCCGCGGCCACGACGACAUCUCCAGGAACCGGUGGCUUUUGGGGCUGGCGCAGGUGAGAAG